AUGGGGCCUUCUCCGUGGAGAAUGCCAUACUACUUCGGCUCUCCCACCACGGAGAUUCAUCGAACCUGGAUCGUCGCCCUUGUCUUCGAGUUUAUAUACUUCCUUGCCCUGCUCGGGUUCCUGGGCUUCUUGAUGAGGAAAAAGCCGGCCAGGAAUGCCCAAAACAAGAUUCCCUUCGUGUCUGUUCUGUCCUCGCUAGCGACUAACGCACUGGCCGCGUUUCUUUCCAUCAUCUCCCUCUUCUACAACGUAUUGCAACACACGGCGACGCAGCGUUAUGUCGUCUUGCUCAUGAUCCAAACGAUAUCCCAGAUGGCCGCCUUUGUGCUGAUGUUCUUUGUGUAUUACCGCAUUCUCUCCCACUACCUCGAGCGAAUCCACGCCAGCACGGAACGACCCCUCUUGAUGGAUGCAUUGCACUCCUUCAUUCUGGGAAUCUUGGCGAUAAUAUCGGCAGUGAAGGCGAUUCUCUACAUGGUCGUCUUGGCUCAAAACGUCAACCACGCAUACUCAGACGUGACCUCAACUUAUCUGAACAUAUCCGCCUCCCAGGAGAUCAUCUACUGGCUAGCCUCACUUGAAAUUGUUGGAUGUGCCGCGUUCGUGAUGUUCAAAGCAAAAAGCUUUGAGCUGAGUCGCCGGAGCGGGCUUGCGUGGAUCUUUCUCGGAAGUCUGUUUUUCUAUGGUGUGCACUUCUUCUAUGCCAUUAUUGCCAUUCGAUACAACCUUGAGAUGGUCGAAACACCGUCUAGCUUGACUGGCGGAGUCCCAACGAUCAUCUUCGCAAUCUGCGUUCUAGGAGCGUAUGCGGGCAUUUCUGUCUCCUGCAUGCAGUUAUAUAAGAGGAGCUAUCCGCCGACGGUGUCCCAGCCGAUCCCCCUUGAGAGCCUAGUCACCAAGCCUUCUGUCAGCACAUCCGUGGUGGCGGGUUCAACAAGCCGUGCCACUCCAUGA